AUGUCUAUAUUAAUUAGUGAGAGUACUCACGAGCAGUUAGAGCUGCUUGUUUACAUAGGCCUCUCGAAUAUUGACGCACUCAGCGCAGCUAGAGUUGUUCCUAUAAUAGUAAUUGGUCUGGAAGAUCGCGGCGUGGUUUCACCCGGACGAAGAGUGGAUAUGGUAGUGGCCGAAGGUGGUAUAUUGCAGGACAUUAUGGCCACGAGAAGGAUUCAGACCGUAUGGAUCCGCCGAGUUGAGGUAGAACGAUGGGAUGAUACUGAGAUCUGA